UGGAUAACAAACAAGAGAGGGAGCGAUUUUCAAGAUCUGAAGAUUUUUGCCACAACAUGAACGGAUAUCGCAGUGAACAAGAAGAACACAGCGCUACAAGUUCACAGAUUUGCUGUCUGGUUGAGGAUAACGAGAGGUGCAAGAGACUGGCAGGGAAUGCAAGUUAUUCAAAGAGAAUCCAGAAGACUGUAGGACAGAGAAAACUGAAGCUUUCGCUCGAUACAAGUGCAAGACAUAUAUACAUCUGUGAUUACCACAAGAACAUGAUCCAGAGCGUACGAAGCAAAAGAAAGCGAAAGGAAUCUGAUGACGAACACGAUUCAACCGACGUCGACUUCUGCUCUCUCCAAGUUAACACUCUUCGUAGGUAUAAACGCCAUUAUAAGCUUCAAACCAGACCAGGAUUGAACAAAGCACAGCUUGUUGAGACCAUCCAGAAACACUUCAAACAAAUACCCUGUCAAGAGAAAGAAACCAUCACAUACUUUAUUUACAUGGUAAAAACAAACAAAAGUAAGCUGGACCAGAAGCCAGACAGUUGAAAUCAUAAAUACAAGUAAACAAGCAAAGUUUAAAACACUAUGCCAUACAAUCUCUUAAAUCUUUUACCAUGUAAAUAGAUCUUUAGAUUUAUGUAGACAUAAUUAUGCACAUAUAGCUGAGAUGGAUUUCAAUAUAAUUGAUACUGUUGUCUGGUUCUUGUUUAUAGAAUCAGUUAAAUAUAGAGAUUUUAGGUCACUGGAAAAAAUACCAAAAUCCAAGCUGAUUUAGUUUGUGUUGCAGUAUUCAUGACAGUAAAAUCUAAGAAUACGAAUGCUAUAACCAUGCAACAUAAUUAGCACUUAAUAAUGCUAAAUAGUGUUAUCACUAUUGUUUUUCAUUGUCUAAUUAGUGCUAUUUAGUACUAAUUAGUGCAAAAUUUUGCAUGGUUUUAGUAUUUGUACUCUAUUUUGUACAAAAUUAGAAUAUAUUGCAAUGGUAGAUCAGAUAAAUUUUCCAAGAGUCCAUCUUGUAGGGGGAAAUAUUUUUUAACCUUUGGAAUCAAAUCUUCACCCAAUCAAUUUUUUUACUGAGAACUUACAGAAUGACUGCCCAGAAAAAUCUCUAGUGCUCUGAUCCCUAAGAAUGAGUAGUACCUUAGUAGCUUUUUGGUAUUCUUUUGAUUUGUUCGUUAUCUAAAUGUUAAUGGAGGUUUCUAUGUACAAACAGAAUAACUGUGUGUGGAAUAAAUCAUGUGACAAGUUGAA